AGCUCGUAAGUCACGUAACAUACUGUGCGCGCCCACCUCUCUAUCGUGCCCCGCCCGCGGCUUAGUGUCGGGAGCGCGCCCACCUCUCUAUCUUGCCCCGCCCGCGGCUUAGUGUCGGGAGCGCGCCCUUUCCCUCCCUGCAGUAUCGAUGAAGUUGGUUCAAAGAUGGCGGAUUUCCUGCCGUCCCGGUCCGUCUUAUCGGUCUGUUUCCCGAACUGUUUGCUCAACAGCGUCGAGGCCGAACAGACCCGAAUCUCUAAGGAGAUCGACAAGUGCAUUUCCCGGGAUAAAACGUACGUUAAGCGGCUGGUAAAGAUAUUACUGCUCGGAGCCGGCGAGAGCGGCAAGUCGACUUUCCUCAAGCAGAUGCGCAUCAUCCACGGGCAGGACUUCGAUCAGCAGGCCAAGGAAGAUUUCCGGGCUACCAUUUACAGCAAUAUUAUUAAAGGGAUUAGAGUACUGGUGGAUGCCAGAGAAAAGCUGCAUAUCCCCUGGGGUGACCCCUCUAACCAGACACAUGGAGAGAAGAUGAUGGCGUUCGACACCAGGUCGCGGAUGGUGGCCCAGGGCCUGGUGGAAACCGAGGUCUUCAUGAACUAUCUGCCGUCCAUCCGAGCCCUAUGGGGGGACAGUGGGAUCCAGAAUGCCUACGACAGACGAAGAGAGUUCCAGUUGGGUGAAUCGGUAAAAUAUUUCUUGGACAAUCUGGAUAAGCUUGCAGAGCCGGGCUAUCUCCCAAGUCAGCAAGAUAUCCUGCUGGCGCGAAAACCCACCAAGGGAAUCCACGAGUAUGACUUUGAGAUCAAGAACGUUCCCUUCGUAAUGGUGGACGUGGGCGGGCAGCGGUCGGAGAGGAAGCGGUGGUUUGAGUGCUUCGACAGCGUCACGUCCAUCCUGUUCCUCGUGUCGUCCAGCGAGUUCGACCAGGUGCUGAUGGAGGACCGACAGACCAACCGCCUCACCGAGUCCCUAAACAUUUUUGAGACGAUAGUCAACAACCGCGUCUUCAGCAACGUCUCCAUCAUUCUCUUCCUAAACAAGACGGACUUGCUUGAGCAGAAAGUUCAAGUCGUCGCCAUCAAGGACUACUUCCCCGAGUACGAGGGGGAGCCCCACAGCCUGGCCGACAUCCAGAAAUUCUUGGUGGAGUGUUUCCGCAACAAGCGCCGGGACCAGCAGCAGAAGCCGCUGUACCACCACUUCACCACCGCCAUUAACACAGAGAACAUUCGCCUGGUAUUCCGCGACGUCAAGGAUACCAUCCUGCACGACAACCUCAAGCAGCUUAUGCUACAGUGAUGCUCGCUGGGACUUCUUGUUUUUUUUUAAUUAAUAACCUUUUAAGCAAAUUGUAUGUGGGGAGAGAAGGAGAGGGGGGGUUGCAAGUCUGCAGCACACGACACGUGAGUGUGUGGAAUAAAUCAGAUGCUAUCGUACUCAAUGCUGCAGUAAGACCAGUUUUUUUUUUUUUUAUAUAGCAAAAACCACCCCCGUCUCUCUCCAUUGCACGCUCUCUCACACUUUUUUUUGUAUUUUACUUUUGCAGUUACAUCAUGUUAACACCAAGAAUGAGUAAUUUUGUUUUAAUGACUAACCAAUGUUAAUUGAGAAUUUUAGGAGGAUGGAGUAUGUAGUGGUGGGGUGGGUGGCUGGGUGGCGUUUGAGUGGGUGGGAAAUCCCCCCCCCCCCCCCCCCCAAAAAAAAAAGAGCGAGCAAGGUGAUGGCAGGGCACAGAUCUAUUAGUAUGGGUUACUGAGCCAGUAAGUGCUGAAUGCUCAAAUGUAAUAGAAGUGGCUGGAACAUUAUUAUUUUACUUUUAUUUCACCGUGUUCUGAGCCAAACUGUUUGCCUACCGCAAGCCUGGCCUUAACUUAACAUUUUUUAAAAAUAUAUAACAGGAUGUAUCCAGCAAAUAACAUGUUUUUGCUUAGAUUUUUUUAUUUUUUAAAGUUGUGCAGUCUAUCAUGGAAAGUUUCUUUUGUUUGUUUGUAACUGAAUACCAAACUGAACCCCCAUUCAUUGUCAUUUACAUUUGUCUGUAGUAAACCUAUAAUGGCCUCAAAAGCAGCCUUAUCAAAAGUGCCAGUUUGUGAGCUUUUUUUUUUUUUUUUUUUUUUUUAAUAUAUAAUGUCUGUCAGGUUUUAUUUUGGAUCUCAGUUGAUUGCAUACAAAAGGGAGGGAGGGGGGGGGCUCAUUUUGUAAAGAGAUUUUUAAAAGCAUUCAAACUUACCACUUUCAAUGGUUUUAUAAAUAUUGUAGUGAGUCUUGUACAGAAACAAUUCUUAAUUUUCAAAAUAGGUUUGAGAAAGGCAUUGUAUAUAAAUCAUGAAUAGGUGUUUUAAAGGCUUGAGUUUAUUUUUCAUUGUAAUCAAUCGUGUGAGUAUUUGAUUUUGCCAUCACCCAUUUUUAUUUGUUACAUUUUAUUUUAAAGUAAUCUUUUGUCUUUUUGCAUCAUGCCAAAAUACAUUUCUUUUUGCUGUUAUGUAAAAAUGCAUUUUUGAAACUGAAAAGUUUCAUUUAAAUGUAGUCUUUUUGCUGAAUGGAAAUCACUGUAAUAGGUGCUUCCCUGAAUUUGACUCAUACAAAAAAGCCUCACUGCUGUCCAGUUCAGUUGGUAUUGAAAUUAGAGCUUGAUUUGUGCCUGUUGUCUUUCACGCGCCUAAAGUUUUUUUAGUGUUCCGUUUCAUCUGUUAGCUCAAACUUAAUGAAACUUCAGUAUUAUACAUUUCAAAAGUCUGUUUAUCAUCUGAAUAGUGGAAUUGGGGCUUUAGAAAUCUCAUUGUGUUCCAGUUAAUGUGAUUUUUUUUUUUUUUUUUAAGAAACAUUUUAUCAGGUACUGCACUAUUACAAUGGUGAUUUCCUACUUUGUGAUACUUUUUAUUUAACAAUGAGCUGUUCUGUCUUGCAGUUUUCAUUUUAUUUUUUUAACCACCCUAUGCUGUGGGGGUUGCACUGUACGAUGACCACUCUUGAAAUGUUAUUUGAACUUUUGUGAUCUCUUUAGGAACGGUUUUAAUGUUCAGGCAGAUAUCGUGCUGGCUCUCGAUCAAAGCAACAAACAGUUCUUGUCUAGCUUCAGGCUUUGAUUCUGGAUGUCUGCUAUUCCUUGCUCUGCAUAUUGGCUCAAGUGUCUGUAGCUUUCAGCUGCAUAUCCCGGAGGGUGGUAUAGGGUGGUGUUGUCAACACCGCAUCCUUGGAGGAUUUUCAGGUACAGUCGGCUCUACAUAGGCGCCUGUGCUGUAUAGGGUGGCCUGUAAUGUGCCUUUUGUGAAUGUCUUCAAAAUGUUUUUCACUGAUUUCCUGGGAAGAUAUGCCAUGUGUUUUUUUUGCAACCACAACAAAACUUUUAUAAAUAAAGCAUUUGUGAAUAUUCCACAUUCUGACAUCUAACGGGUUUGGAGUUCUGAACUAUAGUACAUGUGCAUAUGUCCUCUACUGUUAAAAUACUAGUCCAGAAUGAGCACUUGAGCUGUCUUUUAAAAAAAAAAAAAAAAAAAAGAGGCCACUCCAAAUACAUGGAAGGAAUCUUUUGAAUGGUCAUUUUUUGUAAAAAAAAAAAUAAAAAAAAAAAAAAAAAUUGUCUGAUCACCAUUAUGUUAUCCACAUCCCCUGUAUUUCAGAAGUGUCAUUCCAUCCCUAGUGUUAACGGAGACAGGCUGUGUGGAUAUUGGAAAUGAUUCAAGCCUAGCAAGUGCUGGACAAAUGGGUGACUGUCUGGCCUUGUGAUUGUGAGUAAAAAAAGAAAAGGCUGCCUAACUGACAACUUGUGUUUAAGCACCAUCUCAACCUCGUCUUAGCAUUGCAUCUGUAAACAUGCCAGAUCAGGGCACACACACAUACCCGCCCAAGCAGUCAAUUUCUCUGGUGCAUUCCAGAAACCGUUCCUGCGCUGUCAAUGUUGAUGCUGAAGGAUUUUUCUUAUAGAUGAGACAAAAAAAUAAUCGUGAUGGUUUGAAGUAGAAAUAAAAAAUAAUAAAUAAAUAAAUAAAUGCUUUACACCAUUUUCAAAUUAUGGAACUUGUGUGGCUAAUUUAAGGAAUUCACUUCAGCAGUGUAUUUAUUACUCAUUUGUAACACAAUUAAGAGCAUGCAAAAUAUGCUUUAAAAUAGAAAUGGAAAUAAUAACACAUGCAAAAUUACUUUGCAAAAAAUACUUCACAGUGCCUGGUUAAAAUGUCUUGCUUGUCUUAAAUUGCCAACUGUACUUACCAUUGUUUUCACCUCCUAUUGAGAAACUCAUUUGAGAGAAUGGGUCCCAUCAGUCUUUCAGGUUUUUCUCUUUGCCUUAAAUUGUUGUGCGUCAGCCCUAUUCGAUGAAAACCAAACCUCACCAACUUGAAGCAUUGCUUGAUUGAGCAUGUACUUUUUUGAAGCAAAGCCUUUACUCCUAUUAAAAUGCCUUUGGGUGUGUCUCCUGCUUUAUUACGCAUGGGGGGAAAAAACCACAGCCAUGUGUGUUCUUGACCCUUUUUUAUAUUGAAUUAAACUGCUGUCACUUGUAUGCAUUGUUCAGGUCAUUCUCUGAUAAAUAUUUAUUUGCUGAAAUCUGAGAUCAUUUAAUAUUGGAAAGUAAAAGCCUUCAUAACUUAAUUUUGCCUGAAAAUAUGUUAUAUGCAGAACUUCUGAACUAUUUGUGGGUGGGGGGUGGGGGUCAUGAAUAGAAAGUGUAACAUGUAUGGUUGUGAAAUGUAUUUCUUCAACAAAAUAUUCAUAAUGGUUCAGCAUCCAGUGAACUACUUCUUUGCUCUGUCUUACCCCUUUCCAUCUUUUCAAUAAAAAGACCAAGAGAAAAGAAAAUGCUUGAUGGCUUUUUAUUAUUUUUUUAUUCCUGUUGCAUAGCUAUUGCUGGUGGUUGUUUUUUUGGAAAGGUUCUAAAAUAACAGAACUUAACAAUGCAAAUGGAAUGCAGCAUGUUUAAAUGAAAGGAACUGCUAUCAUGUUGAAUGACUUUGUUGGUUUUGUUCAUUUUUGACCUUUUGUUUGGCAAGGAUGACGUGUAAUAGUUUUGUAUACUGAAAGAAAUGGUCAGGAAUCCGCUUUGUCAUAUAUGGCUUGUGGAGUGCCAUUUAUGAGGCUUGUGUUUUGGCAGCAGCAUGUUGUCCCACCACUGAAUGCUAAAUACUGGUGAGAUUGUUGUUGUCACUUCAACAUGAUAAAUGGCCAUUCUGGUUGUCAACUUGCACCAGUAAAUUCUUGUUGCCUCUGGUUUGUUGUAGUAAGGAAAAACAAAUGUCAAAUUAAUGGCAAGCAAGGUUUGUGUUUAGAUACACAAACCUUUUUUGGUCUACGUAAUGCCUGCCAAAUCCAUGCAAAAAUGAACCAUGACAUACAUUCAUGAUUUGUAUCCCUAGCCUUUAGCUCGUGAGCACUUAGACCAAAUUACUUAGCAAUGAAUGCCUGACUUUUUACUUAUUUAUUUUUUAAUAAAAUCAGAUCUAACAGGGAUUGAGCGAUUUAUUUAAUACUGAUAUAAAGCUUUGUUUUGUAACAACAAACGAAAUCAAGUUCACCUACAAAGUGAUUACUCUGGUACUUUUAGGACUAGGUCAUACAGGUGAGUCUAAUUUGUAUCGUAGCAUAAAAAUUAAACCAUAUGACUGGUCUCAGUGAUGGAAAUAAGACUCCCAUUGCAUAGCAAUUUGAUCUAUUUUUGGUUUUUACUAUGAAUUUAAUAGGACAAACCUGAACUUGUUACCACUACACUAACUAAUCAAGAUCAUACUAAAACCCGUGAUGGGUGAAACUGCCAUGCAUUAGAAGUUUCAUUUCUAUCCCUGGGACUAAUUCAAUGUUUGCUGUUUUAAAGACUUUGUGCCUGUUUUGGUAAAGUUAAAGUAAGCUGAAGAAGCAUUUGGUGUAUUUGUUAUGUAAGAAUCUUAUUGGGAACUUUAUUUAAAACAAAUGUUAGCUGUGUUGGUUCAGAAAAGAAAUGGCUGAAGUUUAUAACUUAUAGCACGCUUGAAGUUUAUUAACCAAUGGGUAGUUAAUAGCGAGCUAUUUUAUAAAUGAAGAUCUACCCUGGUUUUGAUGUCUUUGCUGUAUCCCAGAUACAAAAGCAACUUCGUAUUUUGCUAUCGUAGAACUACAGAAGGGGGAGGUACAGAAAGCACACAAAGAAAGAACUGUAUCAUACCUGGGAUAACAACCACUGCAAGGGUAUCAAUGGGGAAAAUAGCUGGAGGUAUUCAAUUAAAAGAAAGAAAUUUGAAACUGGUUUCAAGCUGCAGUUCCAUCACUUCACACAACUGCAAGUCUAAGUACCUCUAGUUCUAAAACGUCAAAUUAUUUUCAAAAAGCAGGAAUGGAAUUUUAGAAGGGGUUAAAUAUGAUGUCAGAGAAGUGUCCUGGACUUGUGUUUGUGUGUGUGGAAACAUCUGCAUAAAACGUUAAUAUUCCAAAAUGUUAGUAUGAAUAUGCUUUUUCAAUUAAUUGUACAUACUAUACUUAAACUGUUGUCCAAUGACUGACCUUUUUUUAUAUUUUCAGUUUUGUAUAGGAAAUGUGCCUCUCCUGAUAUUACAUGUGUGUACAGUACUUUUAAGCAUUUUAAUUUAGGAUGUAAGUCUUUGUUAUUUCUUCAUUUUGGUUACCUUUGGAUAAAUGUAAUCUGUAAUAAACAGGGAAAACAAAUAAACCUGUAUUUUCUGUA